UUCGAGGCCCUGUACCCAGAGGGGAUGUGUCCAGGCUGGAGCAUCGUGGUCAAGGGCGAGACCAGUUCCAAUACAAGCAUGUUUGAAAUUAAUUUGCUCUGUGAUCCUGGAGACCAAAUUGCUCUCCACUUUAACCCUCGCUUCUCCAGCUCCAGAAUUGUCUGCAACUCCUUCCUCGCCAACUGCUGGGGGAAGGAAGAGAUUAAUAACAUAUUUCCCUUCGAAGCAAAGGAGCCAUUCCAGGUUGAAAUCUACUCUGACCAGGACUAUUUCCACAUUUUCAUCGAUGAAAACAAAAUCUUGCAGUACAAGCAUCGGCAGAAGCAGCUUUCAUCCAUCACCAAGCUGCAGAUUCUCAAUGAUAUUACCAUUUCGUCAGUGGAAAUCACCAAACGAGGCCUUUACUAG